AUGAGAAUAAAAAUCAAGUCUCGAGCCGGAUCUUCGGUGAUAAGUUGUACAAGCGACCAAGUGCCGUUGAAUGAGUUAGUCAAAGAAAUCAAAACGGCGCUUAAGGAUUCCAUAUCAGGAGAUGCCGUUCUUAGCCUCAAGAACGGGUUUCCUCCAAAUCCUAUAGAUAUGUCGAGAUUGGAGACACCAAUUAAGGAACUAAAUAUCAAGAACGGAGAUCAAUUAAUAUUGGAAGAUGAAGGUGAGUCUUCUUCGAAUGAUAUGAAAGAAUCGAAGCUGAAUCAGGCGUCUGGUGUGCAACAGAGCAAAGUAAAAUCUGACCCUAAUAUUCCAUCCGUUUAUAUUGAAUCAUUAGAUAAGUAUCUUAUCCUUCGGAAUAUACCUGAUGAUAAUUCCUGUAUGUUCAAUUCAAUUUCAUACGGUCUUUUUGGAUAUAAUUCGUUUGAACGGGAUGGUAUUUCGCCACCAAGUAACUUAAGAUCUAUUAUCAGCAGUACAAUCCAGGACAAUCAAGAUACAUACAGCGAGGUUGUUCUUGGGAGACCUAUAGAUAAAUAUUGCCAAUGGAUACUCAAGAAGGAUUCGUGGGGUGGUGCUAUUGAAUUGGGUAUAUUAGCAGAGUGGUUCAAGAUCAGAAUCGAUUGCCUUGACAUAGAGCUGGGGAAAUUCAUAAAGUUUGAAAACGAAGCAGACAAACCAGACAAGUUUAUGGUAUUGAUAUACCUGGGUAUUCAUUACGACAUUUUGUCUUUGAACGUUAACUUAUCAACAUUAAAUCAGGAUAAGCAAACUGAUACGUGCGUUUGGCCCAUAGAUUCAAUGACAGAAGAAUUCGUGCUUGACUAUUCUUUAAAAUUGUGCCAUUAUUUACAAACCCAAAACUAUUCUACGAAUACAACCACUUUCAGAAUUAGAUGCUUAGAUUGUUACAAGAUAUUGGUGGGGGAAAUGGGAGCUUCGAAGCACGCAAAUGAAACUGGACAUUAUAACUUUGGCGAAGUCAAAUAA